AUGGGGUCUAUCCCCAAAGUUCUCAACGUUGAUGCCCUUGUUGUUGGAGCUGGUGUUGCUGGGAUCUACUCCACCUAUCGACUCUCACGAGCCGGCCUCAAUGUCCAGUGCAUCGACACGGCCGGCGAUGUCGGCGGCACCUGGUACUGGAAUACAUACCCAGGUGCUAUGAGCGACACGGAGAGUUACCUCUAUCGCUUUUCGUGGGACAAGGAGGAUCUUGUCUCUUAUCCCUGGUCCAACCACUACGUCUAUCAGCCUGAGAUCCUUGAGUACCUACGCCAUGUUGUCGAGCGCCAUGACCUUCGAAAGCAUAUGCGAUUCAAUACCGAGAUGCAAAAGGCUAUCUGGGAUGACGACAAAAGCGUCUGGGUCGUCUCUUGCUCUGGUGACCUUGUCAUCCACGCUCGUUAUUUGAUCAAUUGCCUGGGGCUUCUUUCCAAGCCCAACUACCCCGAUAUCCCGGGUAUCUCAUCCUUUUCCGGCGACCUCAUCCAUACGGCUAGAUGGGAUCGCACGGUCGAACUGCAAGGAAAGACGGUUGGCAUCAUCGGGAACGGAUCCACAGGCGUUCAGGUUAUGACAGCCCUCGCUCCCAAGGUUGGCCGUCUGGUCUCCUUCCAGAGACAUCCCCAGUACUCGGUGCCUAGUGGACAGGGACCUAUUCCCAAUGGUUAUCGCGACAAGAUAAACCAGAAUUACGACCAGAUUUGGAAGGACGUCUGGGCGUCGUCUACAGCGUUCGGAGUGCCCGAGACGACGAGGAAGACAAUGGAGGCCACGCCCGAAGAACGCCAACGUGCUUUCCAAGAGGUUUGGGACCAAGGAAACGGUUUCCGUUUCAUGUUCAGCGCCUUUGGUGAUUUAACCACCAACCUCGAGGCCAACGAAGCAGCCUGCGAAUUCCUCCGCAACAAAAUCGAUGAGAUCGUCAAGGACCCCCGCAAGGCCAACGCCCUCAAGCCUCGUGAUCUCUAUGCCCGACGACCGCUUUGCGAUACUGGUUACUACCAGAUAUUUAACCGCGAAAACGUGGAUAUUGUCGACCUACGAGAAACAUCCAUAGAGAAGAUUGUCCCGGAGGGUAUCGUCACAGCCGAUGGCGCCGUGCACCGCCUCGAUGCGCUCAUCUUUGCUACGGGCUUCGACGCUAUUGAAGGCAGCUACCUUCGUAUUCAAAUCAUCGGCCGCGAGGGCAAAUCGAUUCACAAGCAUUGGGAGGCUGGACCUACAGCCUACGGCGCCGUGGCCUGCUCAGGCUUUCCCAACAUGUUUCUCGUAUCGGGGCCGCAAGGCGCGUUCGCAAACUUCCCGGUUGUCAUUGAGAGUGAGAUUAACUUCAUUACAGAGUGCAUCCUCCACUCGGAAAAGACCGAAUCCCGUCGCAUCGAGGUCUCAGCCAAGGCCGAGCAGCAGUGGAGCGAGUUGUGCAACCAGCUGGCCGAGACGUCACUGUUCAAGACGGCGGCCAGCUGGGUUUUCGGCUCAAACGUUGAGGGGAGCAAGCCGAGCACCAAAUUUUACUUUGGAGGAUUGAACCGGUAUCGUGAGUGGACUCAAAAGGAGUCAACUGCAGGUUUUCCUGGGUUUUCUUAA